AUGUAAAAUAAUGGCGAUUAAAUCAUAGAAUUUAAAGAGUCCACUCUGACUGCUAUUUCACCUCUGGAUGGAAGAUAUGCCAGUUAAACAGCUGUAAUCAAAGAUUAUUUUAGUGAAUAUGCAUUAAUGAAAUACCGAAUCAAAGUGGAAAUUGAAUGGUUAAAGUUCUUGCAUUCUAAGAAUAUGAUAAAGCAGUCAAAUUCAGUUUUGAAUUUGACUGCUUUAGAUUUGACUUAUUUGGAUUUGAUUUAUGAUAAAUUCGAUGUAACAAAGUCAUUCAGAGUUAAAUAAAUAGAAAGUACAACUAAUCAUGAUGUCAAAUCCAUUGAAUAUUACAUCAAAGAAGAAUUGGACAAGAAUCCAAUAUUGCAUUCAAUGAAAGAAUAUGUCCAUUUUUGUUGUACAAGUGAGGACAUUAACAAUAUUGCUUAUAGUUUGAUGAUGACUGAUGCCAAAAACAACCUAUUAAUGAAAUCAUUAGAAGGAGUCAUUAAUAAAUUAGUACAAUUAUCGCAUGAUCAUCAUAAUGUCCCCAUGUUGAGUCGAACUCAUGGCUAAGUAGCUUCUCCAACUACUGUGGGAAAGGAGUUUGCUAACUUUGCCUAUAGAAUCAGGAAUCAUUCAGAAUUAUUGAGAAAUCUUAAAUUUGAAGCUAAAUUGAAUGGUGCUGUUGGAAAUUACAAUGCUCAUUUAUUAGCAUACCCAAAUUAUGAUUGGCCCAUUCUAAGCAAACAAUUUAUAGAGGAACUCAAACUCAAACACAAUCCCUUCACCACUUAGAUAGAGCCUCAUGAUAGCGUCGCCCUCUAUUAUUCUUAUCUCAAUAUAAUCAAUAAUAUCCUGGUUGGAUUAUCAAGAGAUGUUUGGAGUUAUAUCUCAAUUAAUUAUUUCGAAUAAAAAAGUAUUAAAUCCGAAGUUGGUUCAUCCACUAUGCCACACAAAGUUAAUCCUAUUGAUUUUGAAAAUUGUGAAGGCAAUUUAGGACUAUCCAAUUCCUUGGCUCAACAUUUUAUGAACAAAUUAGUAAUCUCACGAUAUCAAAGAGAUCUAUCCGAUUCUACUGUAAUGAGAAAUCAUGGAGUGUGUUUGGGAUAUGCAGUGGUUGGAUAUCGAAGUUUAAUCAAAGGACUUGAUAAGAUAUCGCCUAAUUAUGAUACUAUUUUAAAUGAUCUAGAGAAUCAUUGGGAAGUCUUAGCCGAACCCAUCUAAUAGAUUAUGAGAUAGUAUGGUGUUGCAAAUCCAUAUGAAUAACUUAAGGAGUUGACAAGGGGAUAAAAAAUAACCAAGGAUUCUUUGAGAGAGUUCAUUUCCAAAUUGGCCUUGCCUGAGGAUGUUAAAAAGAAGUUGUUGACCUUGGAACCAAAGGAUUACAUUGGAAAUGCUGACAAGAUGGCUAGAUUGAUAUGA